GGUGACUGGCAUGUUUGUGACUUUUUCCAAAUUUUAGAAUUCAGUAUGUUCUUGACACGUUCCGAAUAUGACAGGGGAGUUAACACAUUUUCCCCAGAAGGGCGACUCUUCCAGGUGGAAUAUGCUAUAGAAGCCAUAAAGUUGGGAUCAACUGCUAUUGGCAUUCAAACAAGUGAAGGUGUUGUAUUGGCCGUAGAGAAAAGAGUUACCUCCCCUUUAAUUGAAACUUCCAGUAUAGAAAAAGUGAUGGAGGUAGACGAUCAUAUAGGUUGUGCGAUGAGUGGUUUAAUUGCUGACUCCCGGACAUUGAUUGACAAAGCGAGAGUGGAGGCUCAGAACCAUUGGUUUACCUACAAUGAGAAGAUGUCUGUAGAAAGUGUGACUCAAGCUGUCAGUAACCUUGCUCUACAGUUUGGGGAUGAUGAUGCUGACCCGGGAGCCAUGAGUCGACCCUUUGGGGUGGCUUUGAUGUUUGCCGGGAUUGACCACAAGGGACCACAGUUAUUCCACAUGGAUCCCUCUGGCACCUUUAUACAGUAUGAUGCCAAGGCUAUCGGAUCUGGGUCGGAGGGUGCACAACAGGCCCUGCAAGAUGUAUACCACAAGUCAAUGACCCUAAAGGAGGCCUGUAAAAAUGCACUGACCAUCCUUAAACAGGUCAUGGAGGAGAAACUCAACUCAACAAAUGUGGAGAUGGGGACUGUGACACCACAGAAGAAAUUCCAUAUGUUUACUAAGGAUGAGCUAGAAGAUGUCAUUAAGGAGAUUUGAUCGCUGUCCCGUCCUAUAUCAUCAUACAGUGCUUGUUCUCAUCUUUUCAUCGACACUUUUGCAAGUUCUCUGUUGGGGAGUCUCCUUUCUGUCACUGACAAAUUUUCAGGAUUGGUGAUGUUUGUAACACAAAGUUUCCAGACGGGAACUUGUGUUUUAUCAAUAGUUUCUACAACAGAUAUAAUACCUAGAGAGGAUCACAUUUUCAUUAUGAAGUGCCACAGAAAAAAAAAACUUGUUUACCAUUAACUUUCUCUUAGUGAAAAACUCAAAUCACAUGGACAACACAAAGACAGAGUAAUUUACAGUUGAAGGCACAAGAUCUGGUUUCCUCUACCAGAAUAUAACACGAGCACUAAAGUACAAACUAAAACAUCCAUACAGGAAAAUUCAUAAAUGUGAAUUCAUCAUCUUUCUUUUGUGUUGUUCAAAAGAAAAUAAAAUAUUGAUUUAUAAUGAAA